AUGAAGUGGACUGCUUCCCUCACACUUGCGCUAGCCGCGUUGCGGCAGGUUGCUGCCACAAACUCGACAUCAUGCACCCCAAGGCUGAUCAGCUACUGGAUCAACGCCAACGCCUCCAUCUCAACAGUGGAGUCGGUCGAUGCCGGCAACGGAUUCUCCGAAGAGGGAAACGUCGCCUUUCCGGGUAACGUUACGAACCUUCCCAGUCUCUGCGCUGUGAGCUUCAUUGCGAAGACCUCAGAGGGAAACGAGUACAAGUUUGCCAUCUUCCUGCCAGACGACUGGAACAACAAGAUCCUCACCGUAGGCAAUGAUGGCUUUUCAGGAGGCGUCAAUGCCCCGGCCAUGGCCGUCGGCGUUAAGUACGGCUUCGUCACACUUGCGACCGAUGCCGGACACAACUCUACCCAGGGCAAUCUCACUUGGGCGCUGGGCAACAACGGUGCCAAGCUGGACUACGGACACAGGGCACUGCACAACUCCCUCGCGCUGGCUCAGAGAGUCGUCGAGAAGUACUACGGCCUGGCCCCUACAGCUUCCUACUUCUCUGGCACGUCAGAUGGCGGUCGGCAAGGUCUUAAGGCUGCUGAGAUGUACCCUCGCGACUUUUCGGCGCUCCUGAUCGGUGCCCCGGCUUGGUGGCAGAGCCAUCUGCAAAGCUGGAGGAUUGCGAUUGGCAUCACCAACCUGCCCACCGACAACGCGAAGCACAUUCCCGCCGAGAAGUACACGGUGAUUGGUGAUGCCGUCAGGAAGCAGUGCGACGCGGCUGAUGGAGUCGAGGACAGCAUCGUCAGCGACCCCAGCAACUGCACUGUCAACUAUGACCUCUUCACCUGCGGUAAAGAUGGUGUUGACGCGACAGCUUGCCUUUCUGCUGAGCAGGUCACCGUAGCCCAGGCACUGUACGCCGACUACAAGGUCAACGACGAGACUGCCUUCCCAGGCGUCAGCCCCUCCUCCGAAUACGGAUGGGGUUCGCUGCUGGGUGGCGGUAACGGUUCGGAGCCGAAUGAGGUCGCCGUCAGCUACAUGAAGUACUUCCUCUUCAAUGACGCGGAGUGGGCUUGGUCUAGCUACAACGAGACUGUCCCCGACUACGCCAACGAAACGAACCCGGGCGAACUUGAUGUCAACACCUUCAACCUGACCAAGUUCUCCAGCCUCGGCGGCAAGAUCAUCAUGUACCAUGGCCUGUCUGAUGCCGAUGUGCCAGCCAAGGCGUCCCAAGUCUACUACGACAAGGUUGUCGCGCAGUCAGGCGGCGAUGUCGAGGCCGUCCGCGCUUGGUUCCGUCUCUUCUUCCUCCCAGGACUGGGACACAAGACGACGACCGUCGAUGCGCCUUGGUACAUCGCCGGACCGGGACAGGCCGAGCAGCUCCUCGGCGGUGGGAACUACUCGGUGCCGGGCUACUCCGAUGCGACACACGAUGCCCUUCUAGCGCUCCAGCAGUGGGUUGACGGCGGUGCCGCACCGGACUCGCUCAUCGCGACAACGUGGAAGAACGCGACUGACCCGACAACCGAGGUCCUGAGGCAGAGGCCGAUUUGCCCGUAUCCAUCAACUCAAAAGUUCACCAGUGGCGGUGAUCAGGCAAAGGCUGAGAGUUUCACGUGCUCAACGUAG